AUGUCCGGUUUCGUCUUCCUGCUUGAUCGAGUCUGCCCGCCAUUCAAGCAAUUCGUCGUCGACUCGAUUGAGGCGCCAAAGCCGCGGACCGACGAAUCCGAGCUGCGCGUCCUGAACGGGCAUAAAAUCGGGCAGCCCGGCACCCACCACGAGCAUCCCGUCGAUUUCCAGGUCUACGAGGCACAGAGGAAGCAAAUCCAAGAAGCGCUCAACGCCCAAACCUACCACCAAUUCCUCGCCUACGCCCAGCAGCAAAUCCCCGGCAACCCGGAGCAGGUAGAGUUUUGGGUCGCGGGGUGUUUUUGCGUG